AUGGGACAUAAAACCGAUCUGCGAGUGAGGCGCGCGCGGUUCCGUGAGGCUGCCGAUGGCGGUGCGCGCGCGGGGCCGCUUUGGGCCGCGGGCGAUCCGCCGCUCGAUCAGGGCCCGCAGCGGCGGCUCACCUUGACGGGCGGAGGAGGACGGCGAAGCAUUUGCUCAUUAGCAGCGGCCACGGCCAAUCACGUGUACACA